AUGGAGGAUGCGAGUUUAUGGUCUGCGGAGGAGCCUUUUCUCUACGACUGUGAGGUGCAUGUCGGUGGGGAUGUGGACCGCUUUCGCUAUGGAUUACGGACGAUUGGAUGGGGACCGAAGAACGGGUUGCUGAUUAACGGCGAGACAGUCAAGUUGCGGGAUGCUUGUGUCCACGCCGACAACGGUAUACUUGGAGCCUGCAGCUUCAAAGCCGCAGAGGUACGUCGAAUGAAGUUGCUUAAGGCGUCUGGCUUCAAUGCCGUACGCAUGAGCCAUCAUCCGGCGAGUGAGGCCCUGCUCGAGGCGUGCGAUGAAGUGGGCAUAUAUGUCAUGAACGAGUACGGAGAUUACUGGUUCGAGGCAAAGACGGACCACGACGAGGCAAGACAUUUCCAGGAGCAAUGGAAAAAAGACGUCGAAGCCAUGGUAGCCGGAUCGCGGAAUCAUGCCUGUGUCAUCAUGUAUUCCCUGAGCAACGAAGUCACAGAGCCGAAAUCCGCUUACGGACAUGCCAUGGCAAAGUUGUUGCUGGACUACACGAGGACGUUGGAUCCCACACGCCCCAACACAAUCGCCAUAAACCUCCUCCUAGCAACGCUCUUGUACUCUAAAAAGCCACCAGGAGACCCACAUGCACCGCCUCGUGCAUCUGGCUCUGCAACCGGCGGACUGGGAAGUUCAUUGAUCAACGUCCUGAUCUCGCUCUUCGUCGGCCUCAUGGACUAUGUGCCUCGACUCCCGUACUGCAACGCCAUCACUUCAUCUCUCUUCGCUUACAUGGAUAUCGCGGGUUACAGCUACGGGUCCUGUCGAUACACUACGGAUGCUUCCUUGCAUCCCGGGCGCAUCAUGCUAGGCACCGAGACGCUUCCACGUGAUGUCGCGAGGAAUUGGGCCAUGGUAGAACGCAUAUCGGCUUUGAUUGGCGAUUUCAUGUGGACGGGCUGGGAUUAUAUCGGCGAAACCGGACUGGGUGGGUUUGAAUACGAUGGGCCGUGGUACUCGCCUGGGAUGGUAUAUAAGAAUUAUCCGUAUCUGGUUGGAGGACGUGGCGCGUUGGAUAUCACCGGUUUGCCAAAUGCCUCGGCUUUUGUUGCGCAGGCGGCUUGGAAAAAGAUACAUGGGGGACCCAUCAUCGCCGUUAGACCGCUCGAUGUGUCGGACCUGCGCUAUCGCACGACGGUGUGGCGGUCUUCAGACGCGAUAGUGGGAUGGGGAUGGAAAGGCCGCGAGGGACAAAUGGCAUACAUUGAGGUCUUCAGUCGGGACGAAGAGAUUGAACUCCUGCUCAAUAGACGCAGUCUGGGUAAGAAAAAGAUCGGGCUGGACACAAACUACACAGCGCACUUUACAACUCCAUACGAACCAGGACUCGUCGUCGCUGUCGGCUACUCCGCUGGUAAGGAAACUUCUCGGUCUAGCAUCCAGUCUGCUGGCGCCUCUUCCAUUCGCAUCACCAACGAGUCUGGGAAGACGCCUCUUAAAGCCGACGGCCAGGAUCUGGCGUUUCUGCGAUUGGAGCUGCAGGAUCAAGAUGGUGUUGUGGAGAUGGGUGACGACGAUGAGGUGGAAGUUGUGGUCAAGGGCCCAGCAAGUCUUGCUGGGUUGGGGUCGGCAAAGCCCCAAACGACGGAGCGGUUUGAUGAUAACAUCCAUUGGACUUAUCGUGGCAGAGCGUUGUGCGCUGUUAGAGCGGGGAGGGAAGGCGGGAGGGUGGAAGUCAUGGUGAAGAGUAAAAGACACGGGGAGGCGAGUGUUGACAUUGUACAGCGUUUGGAGGAGAUGUGA